CGUCACGUCUCGCGGACGCGCUCGAGCCAACACCACGCGACAGUGACUGACAAGAUGGCGAUCAUUUCAGGAUCAGAGGAGUUACUGCGGUGAAGGAGAGGCUUGACAACACCACCAUGCCCUGGGAGGGUCUCACUUCUCAGUUCGCCAUGGUUACCAUGGUGAUAUGAAGCCAGCGUGAAGCGCUGACAAACAAAGACUUGCACGCCAAAAGGUCAGUUUGACUGACACAGCCAACUUGGCGGGCAGGCUUGUGUAAUGGACAGGUGUAAGCAUGUGGGGCGGCUGCGGCUGGCCCCAGACCACUCCAUUCUUAACCCCCAGAAGUGGCACUGCGUUGACUGCAACACCACCGAGUCCAUAUGGGGCUGCCUCGGCUGUGCCCACGUGGCGUGUGGCCGCUACAUCGAGGAGCAUGCUCUGCAGCACUUCCAGCAGCAGGGCCACCCACUGGCGAUGGAGGUUAACGAACUUUAUGUUUUUUGUUAUUUGUGUGACGACUAUGUUCUGAAUGAUAACGCCACCGGAGACCUCAAGUUGCUUCGCAGUACACUCAGCGCCAUCCAGAGCCAGCGUUAUGAGGUCACCACCCGCAGCGGGCGCACUCUGCGCUCCGCUAGCGCCAGCGUGGAUGUCCUCAUGCCAUCCGGCGUUCGUGAGUUGCAGUUGAGGGACGAGGACCGAAUGUUUACCGCUCUUUGGCACCGCCGCAGAGCACUUAUGGGACGCAUCUUUCGCCUUUGGUUUGGCCUGACUGAAUGUGGAAAAAGGAGAGCAGAGGAAGAGAGGAGGAGGGAGGAGGAGGAGGAGCAAAGAAGGGAGGCCAGGGAGAGGAGGCGAGCUCUCAAGAGGCAGCUACAGGAGGAGCUGGAGAACGCUCCUCUCAGGAAGAGUCGUCGCCUGCGUCAGAAAAGCCAGAGAGUUGGGGAUCUGACGACCACAAUGCUGACUUCUCGCAGGGCACGCAACAAGACGAAAACUCCAGCGCCCCCAUCCCUGAAACGCAGGCAACGAACCCGAAGCCCCGCCACUGUAACCCCCAAGAAAGCUGGACAAAAAAAAAAGGUCCAACCAACCCCCAAAGCACGCAGCCAUUCUUCAACUACCAAAUCUAAGCCCAAAGCCGCUUCAGCAACCCUGCAUACUGCCCAAACCCCUGUCUGCCGCAAGCAAGGCACCAAACAGGACGGCUCGCCCUUCAAGCGGCGUCCUACCGUUACUCCUGGAGUGACGGGAUUAAGAAAUUUGGGAAACACUUGUUAUAUGAACUCCAUCCUGCAGGUGCUGAGUCACCUGCAUGUUUUCAGGGAGUGCUUCCUGCGUCUGGAUUUAACACAGGCGCUGGAGCUACUGGCAUCUGCCGUCCAUGGCCAACUGGUGGAGAAGGCCUCAUCGCAGCCCCCCCUGAUCCAAAGGAAGGGACUCCAGACCAGCUCGGGCUCUGGGGUGGGGCUGAGCGGCGGGGCGUCACGAGGCCGCAGCAUGGAGUUGAUACAACCCAAAGAGCCCAGCUCGAAGCACAUCUCACUGUGCCAUGAGUUGCACACCUUGUUCCAGGUCAUGUGGUCUGGCAAGUGGGCGCUGGUAUCGCCUUUUGCCAUGCUGCACUCAGUGUGGCAGCUGAUCCCGGCGUUCAGGGGUUACGCUCAGCAGGACGCUCAGGAGUUCUUGUGCGAGCUGCUGGAUAAAGUGCAGCAUGAGCUGGAGAGCACGGGCAAGCACACAACCAGUGCUGGGGUCCCACAGACGCAGAAGCGGCUCAUCAAGCAGGUGCUCAGCGUGGUCAACACCAUUACUCUUUCUCACCUUUCCAUGCAGGUGACGUGCCUGGCCUGCGACCAUCGCUCCAACACUGUGGAGCCUUUCUGGGAUCUGUCGCUGGAGUUCCCGGAGCGAUAUCACAGUAAUAGCCGGGAGUCGGCCGCUCAGGCUUCGUGCCAUUUGACGGAAAUGCUAGCCAAGUUUACAGAGACCGAAGCUCUGGAGGGAAACAUCUACGCCUGUGACCAGUGUAACUCUGCCAGAAGACGGGCCUCAUCUAAGCCAGUCAUUCUGACCGAAGCACAGAAGCAGCUGAUGGUCCAUAAACUGCCUCAGGUCCUAAGGCUGCACCUCAAACGCUUCAGGUGGUCUGGGAGGAACCACCGGGAAAAGAUUGGAGUCCACGUCAGCUUCGACCAGCUCCUCAACAUGGAGCCCUACUGCUGCCGAGAGCCCUCACCCAAAGCCAUGCCCUACUCCAGUCCCAGCAGCCCCAGUGCCGCUGGCUCGCCCCGCUCAAAGCACUUCCUUUACGAGCUCUCGGCCGUGGUGAUGCAUCAUGGGAAGGGCUUUGGCUCUGGCCACUACACUUCCUACUGCUACAACACAGAAGGAGGCUUCUGGGUUCACUGUAAUGACUCUAAGCUGAACGUGUGCUCGGUGGAUGAGGUCUGCCGCGCUCAGGCCUACAUCCUCUUCUACACGCAGCGAGUAUCUCAGGACAGAGACCGGCCGCUAUAGGACUACACCCCUCUGUGAACCCCGCUGCCACCUCCCCAGCAGCCCGACUACUCAGCGAGGUGACAUCAGCACAGCCCCACCUAUCGGUCUUUCUCUUCCCUCUUUCUUUGGGCAUUUUGUAUCUGGGAGGUUGGGUCUUUUUAGUCUAUUUUUCUAUUAAAAAAACAAAACAAAACAAAAAGGAGGUGAGAGAGAAAGGACUCGUUUGUAAAGUUGGGUUCUGCUUUGUGAACUUGUUGUAUAUUGUGUUUAUAUGUAGGUAUUUUUCUUUUUAAAGAUUAUGUUUGUGAUUCAUGUACAGUUGUAUUUUAUAAAGAAGAGAGCGUCAGCCAAGGUGUCUGUCAAGCAGCCAGUAGACUUUGGUCAGGCAUGACUGCAUACUCUACAGGUAUGUCUGCUUACCUGUGCGCGAGGCUUGUUGAUUGUAAAUGCUGUGUUUUGGGGUUUUUGUUUGUUUGUUUUGUUUUAUAAAUCAGCUGAAAUGUUUCUCAGUCACUUUAGAUAGUCAACACAGAACUGGAUGUAGGGUUAUAAACUGUCAUUCACUCAGUAGAAAUGGCCUCCGUGUGUCUGAGACAGGUAAACAUUUUCACAGGCGUUCAUCCCGAUUCCUUGCCAAAAAAUGCACUAAUGUGUAUAGUACAGGUUUUUAGUGUUGGUUGUUUAAAAAUCUGUACACGAGCAAUGUUUUUCACUCUGAGGCAGACCUCAAGCCAAAGUAUUUGCGGGAAGUAUUUGGAAAGCCCUGCUUCUCCUAAACGGUUCAGUAUUUUAUGGAGUUUUUAAUGACAGCUACGAAUGAGUGUGACAGGGCCACAUUAAGAAGAAGGUUAGAUUUAGAAAAUAAUUUGGAGUGUUGAAAUAUUAUUCUAGAAAUAUAGUUAGAAUUUUGAGAAUAAUUUUGCAAUACAAAAACAUUUGAGAAUAAAGUCUACAUUUUGAAAAACAUUGGAAUAGUUACAAGAAUAAAGUUGGAUUUGAGAAUAAUGUCAGAAUAUGAUUAAAGUAACUUAAAAAAAUUAAAUACCAAUCUGAGAAUAAAGUCUGUAUUCUUUUGAAAGAAAGUCAACAUUUUGAGGAAAUUAGUCCAAAUUAUGAGACUAAAGUCAAAACACUAUUACUGAGACUACAAAAGAAAGCAUUUCUCUUUUAGUACACAAGUUUUGUGAUAUUAAAGGUGAGGACUAUCUUUUCAGGGGGAAAAAAUGCAAGUAAAAUUGAAUGAGGCCUACAGCUGUGUUCUACUCGAGAGCUUUAUUUUCAGCAUGCUAAGUUGUAAAUCUACAUUUUCUUACUUAAUGUGGUUUUUGGUUUAAUAUUUAUUUUUAUUUGGCUCAGUGCUGCCCCCUGUCUGCCUCAGAAUGUAACUGCAUAACCGUAAACCAUCCCUGACUAGGCAGAUAACUGCUGUACUUGAAAAGUGCCCUUUAACAAAAUAAUCUAUUUUUAUAGUUCAUAUCAAUUCAGCAAAGUGGGAGUCCCACACAGACCAGCAUUUAGAUUAUGAAUGUACUUUUUAUACAAUUCUUCUCAGAGAUUUUACAAAGGAGGCCAUCGACUGUUUUAAACGCUUUAUACAACCACUUUGUUCCGAUUGUUGAAAACCACCAGCAGUUAACAGAUUUCACUGUUCAAUUAUCUUCCCUCUGAGCAGAGGGGAGUCGAAGCACACUUUGUGUGGGUUUUUUUUUUUUCCCUCUGUCCGCAGUUCUGUUAUUUGUUGGCAUUUUGGUUACUGCUCCAUGGAUGCGCCGUGUGUAAAUUGAUGGAAGUUAUACUAUGCAAAUUAUUACCUCAAUUUUUUGUUUUUUCUAGAAAAAAAAAUUACCUCAAUAAAUGAGAAUAUUUUUUCAUUUUUCUACAAAA